AUGCCAAGAGUCGUCGUCGGCGGUGGCGCGGCCUACAAGGGCGACAUCAAGGGCUACUGGAAGCGCCGCGGCUACGACCGGCUCGACGCGGCCGCGGCGCAGCGCCACCCGCGCCUCCCGACCGCGGAGCUCGGUGGCGGCGAGGCGCAGCCAAAGCCGCAGCGUCGCGGGUGGCGCGUUCGCCGCCGGCGCGCGGGCGUCCUCGGCCGGCGCCUCCUGCGCGCGCUCUCGCCGCUGCGGCUGCUGGCGCGGCUCCGCGACGCCUACGUGAACGCCAUGCUCCGCCUCGCGUCCUCCGCCGCCGUGGCCGGCUACGGCGCCGCCGGCCCGUACUGCACCUCGGCCGACCCGUUCGCAAGGCCGCGGCCGCUCACCAGGGAGUACGACGAGAAGGCGCUCGUCGAGAUCUACAGAUCCAUCCUCGCGCGCGGCGGCGAGGCCGGGCCGCCGGUGCUCGCCGCCGCGCGGCUGCCCGCGGCGGUCUGA